UCUCGGACUCUCGGCUUGAAUGACAUGGCUUGAGGCUGAGAGUCACGACAGGAGUGUAGUUCACAAGGGAUGAGAGAUGGCGAGAUGGAAAGUGAGAUGAGACUCGAGACACAUGACGUGGCUACACAUGCUCGUGACUCGAAGGCCUGAUCCACGCCACUCUCAUCAUCGUGCUUCCUCCCUUCUAGAGUUGCGCAGUUUAUGGCAAGUACAGUAGACAAGCAAGAUGGCUGCUCAUUUUCGCGGCUCCGUCUCAAGCCCAACUCAAGAUCUUGCCAGCGACAGAGGUUCGUCGCCGUGCGACAGAGGUUAGUCUAGGGUUACAAGCGACAGAGUACAGUGUAGAGUUGACUUGGCCCAGCUGAGAGCUAACCUCAUGCGUGUCAUAUACAAUAGGUUUUCGGCGUGAAGUUUCAUGGCGAAGGUCAGAUUAACUAUCGCAGCUUUUGCACAGAAGUUUCAUCGUUAGCUGGAUAAGUUCUUGCUCGCGUUUUCGCCAGACCUCGCCGUUUUUCGCUGGUGGAUCCUGUUACCACCGUUGCUGCUCAAUGGUAGACUUACAGCAUGUCUAGUCGUCAUAGAUGAAAGUCCUUUCUAGUCGAGCCGAUCCUCCUUACGCCCUCCCCAGGCUAGGCUUUCGUCGGAUACACCUACAAUGUUCGGUCGUGAGUCGAAAGGCCACCAUGCUUUCCCAUAAUGCGAUUCGUCGCACAACGUCGUCCGCCUCCGCCUUUUGUCGCACGAUCAAUGCGGCCUCCUCGGUUUGUCGCUCAGCGAAGCUGUCGUCGCCUCGUCGUCGCACAGCGACUCCUCCAGCUCCACUUCCGCUGCUCGUGCUGCCGCUGCUGCUGCUCUCCGCGUGGCCCCUUCCCCUCUGUCGAUGCGACAACGACAGCUUAGCGGCUUCGCGAAAGAAUUCGCAGCAGGUCCAUGACCGGCGGUUGCUGGAGCCGUUGCUCGCGUGGGGCCAUGUGCCACCCACAGCAGCAGCAGCAGCAGCAGCAGCAGGAACACCGAGAGAGGCCGCGCCCUUAUCUUUACAGUUGGGGCCUUCGGCGUUGUCACACUCGUCGCAGCCGCCCUUCUUCCGCCAGCUGAUGUCUCAGGGCCACACGCCCGAGGGCGUGUACCUGGAGGUCAAGGGGGCCGCAGGGGCCACUGCAGACGACAGUGGGGAUGCUACCGACGGCCACUCAGGGCUGCUGGACGGCCUGCCGUGGGCCCCACCUGCAGGCGGCAGGCGGCGGCUGUUGGCGCUGGGCGACGUGCAGUACCCCUUGGACGGAUACUUCCUCAGCAAAGCAGGGCUGUACUUCGUGCAGGUGCAGCUGGGGUCGCACAAGCAGCCCGUGAACCUGCAGGUGGACACGGGCAGCGACCUGCUCUGGACGCGCUGCGUCUGCCCCUCCUGCUCGCCGCCUGCACCUGACAGCAACGGCACGCAGGGGGGAGCAUCAGGCGGCGGGGGAUCUCCGCCCACCCCUCCCGCGGACCCAGCACCCCAAUCGUCCGCAUCUCUCAACCACGCCACAGUCGUCGCAACGGACACAGGUGCUCAUGCACGCGCUGCCGCAGCUGCAGACGCAGCCACGAGCGCAGCUUUGAGCGCAGCUAUGGGGUCGGCAACAGAUCCCACGCAGAGACGGAUUGCCGGGGCGCAGAUGGCGCUGGAGGUGGAUGAUCCACCGCCCUCGUUUCACUCACAUGCGCAUAGCAACCCGUCCCCCACACAGGCACACGCACAUGCACACACACAGGCACAGACAGGCGCGGAGGGAGAGGGAGAGGCAAUGCGGGUGGCACCAGCAGGAGGGGCGGUGAAGGCAGGGAAAGGACGAGCAGGGGCGGGGGGGGCUGGGGUAGGGGGAGCAGGCGUUGGAGGGGGCAUACAGCAGGAGGAGGAAUUCGGGUUUGAUGGAGGGAUCGGGCGGCUGGUGGUGCCUCAAGAGUCGCUCAUGGGGGUUGGAGCAGAGGGUGCUGGUGACGGGCCUUCCCCCUCUCAAGUCUCGGGGUGGUACAGCGUUGCAGCAGUGGCAGACAGUGGCGGGGCGGACCCUCUGCGCUCAUCCGAGACGUUACCACCAUCACCACUGUCAGGCGCACCACCGUCCAAGGCACCACCGUUACCACCAGCACCACCGUCAGCAUCAGCACCCCCAGCGCCGCCGCCCAGCAAUCUGCGGCCGCUGGAGGGGGGCGAGCUGGUGUACUGGGCGGGCAACUCCAGCACCCUGGGCAGCGGCGCGUGCACCGAUGCGCCGUGCACGCAGCUCACCCAGCAGUACGCGCUGGAGAUGCCCGUCGGAUGCCAGGUGGGCGGCAUCCGCAGCAGCCGGCGCUGCCAGUACAGCUUGCAGUACGGCGAUGGCAGCACCACGGCGGGCGACCUGCUCUUUGACUCCGUGGCGCUGUGCAACACACGCAACAAGUCCGCCGCUGCCACCAUCGCAUUUGGCUGCGGCGUGCACCAGUCGGGCCGCCUGGCGUCCACGUCCUCGUCCACGGCGCUGAGCGGCGUGAUGGGGCUGGGGCGCGGGCUGCUGUCGGUGGUGUCGCAGCUGGCGGCGCAGCAGGUGCUGCACGCUUCCUUCUCGCUCUGCCUCGAGGGGCAGCAGCGCGGCGGGCACCUCGUGCUGGGGAGGAGGACCCUGCCCGACAGCAACGCCACCAUCACGGCGCCCCUCGCUCCCUCUGACGACCUCACGGUGUACCGUGUGCCCCUGUACUCGCUCCACCUGGGCCCAACCCUCGUGCCGAUACCGAAGGGCAUCACCACCAUCACUGCCUCCACGCCACCGCAGGGCGUCCCGCCUCCUUCUGCUGACAGCAACUUCCUCGGGGGAGAUGGGGCCACGGACGGGGGGGGUGGCGAGAACGGGGGUGAUAGUAGCGAGGGGGAUGGUAGUGGGGGAACGGCGGGGGGGUCGCUCCCUACAGGGGCGGUGUCGGGUGGUGCGGUGAUUGACAGUGGAUCCACGUUUACUGCGCUCCCUGCCCCCAUCUUCACCGCUCUCUCGAAAACGUUCCAGGAGGUGGCGAAUCAGCCAAUGAUCUGGUCGGGCUACUUCCGCUGCCUCCGCACGCAAAAGCGGAUGUCGAGUGCGGACCUGGCGUCCACCUACCCGCCUCUCCUCCUCGACUUCUCUGCCAACCUGCUCUGGGCCGUCCCCCCCUACAACUACCUCUUCCACAAGAACGACACGCUGCUGUGCAUUGCAGCCAUCGGAUACCGGGAGUCAAACACGACCUACAUUGGAGGGUCAUGGCUUCGCAACAACGACGUUCUUUUCAAUCACGAAACCAACACAAUCGGAUUCAUACCCAUGAAUUGCACCUCGGGCAAGCUCAUCAACGCCACAACUAGUGCCAUCAUCCGCUCCUCCCCCGCCAUAUUUGAAAACCCUCCCGACCCAAGCUAUGAUGAGUCUUCGUGCCUGCUUAUUCAACCAACCAUAUUAUUGAAUACACUUAUUGUUGUAGCACUAGCUGUAACGUUCCUGUAGAUUGUGUAGUAAUUGCUUCAUAGUGUAGGAAUGGUUUGUGUCCACAAUGAGUUGUCCUUAUUAUUAAGUAAUAUGAAGUUUAUGCAAGUUC